GAGCAAAUAAUUUGGCAAACAAUAAUCCUCACCCCCACUAAAUACUAAAAGAAAGUAUGUACUAUCUUGGAGAGAGUUGGAGUCUAUUUUAGGAAGCAUCCAAGUCAUGCUUGAAUUAACACAAGAUAGUCACCACUACAUUGUCAUCCUCUUCAACUUGGGCGAGGGAAAGCUAGAGAGAGGUUCAACGGUAUGGGACCAUGUGGUAGAGGGACGGUCCAACGCUGGGAAACAUCCAACCUCAAAAGAUGGAACCGACCAGUGCAAGACGGGAAAGAAACACAACAGAAUAGUUCUAGAAAUUCUGAAAUUCGGGGUUACGACCGUCGAAUAUUCAAUCAAGCCUCCGUGUAUUUCUUCACCAACUUUCUGGAGGGUUGGAAGCAUGAACACAUGUGGCAUACUUUUCAUAAAAAUGAGAAAGAUCUCAUUUCUCCAACUUGAUCAGAUUCGAGUGGGGGAAUUCACAUUAUGGGUUAAUAAACCAAGGUUUAAUGAGCAAGAGAAGCAGUUAAGAGUAGCCCAGAGACAAAAAGAGAAUGCAGGAAUCAGAGGUCAUAGAACUUUUGCUGAAGUGGUAAAGGGAAUCAAUGGAAGUGAAGCAAAACUGGAGAGUAAGAGAGCAGCAAAUGGAGCAGAAGAACACGACCAAACACAGAUCAACAAUCUAUCCAAGUAUCCGAAACAAGUUUGGAGAGAAAAGGACAUGGAGCAGGCUAAGGCAAGUAUGAGCUUCACCGUCCAGGAGGAAGAGUAUGCUUGGCUUCAAGGCUGCUAUGUGGGGAUUGCCCACUCAGUUGAGAUAAUCCCAACAUUACAAGAAAAAUUCUUCAUGGAGGGAUACUUCUCAUGUAGAAUAAGAGCCAUAGGCGGACGUCUGGUCCUACUUGAGGGUGGAGAUAAGGAGGAGAUUAAAGAUUUAGUAGAGCUUGCUCCAAAAUGGUUGGAACAAUGGUUCACAGAAGUUCAACGGUUGCAAGGGAGAGAUUUGUAUGGCUUCGAUGCCAAGGAGUCCCUGCACACGAAGAAUGCUGAUAUCAACCCCGGUGACGGAUUUCAUCUCCAAAAGUAUCAACAUCUCGAUCAACGGGGAACUUAUUUGAUCAAAGUAAUGGAGGAAGAGGCUCCCAACGGAAUUUUCUCCAUGAAAUCCGACCAGGUGUUCAGGGAAUUGAGCGACUCCGAUGAUGGUUCUUCGGAAUCCUGGUCAUUAGAUGACGAUGUGGAUGAAGAAGCAAGUGUGGCGUUUUUGGGUGGUGGGGAAGUAAAUGGUGGCUGGAGUUCCACCAGUGGGAAAAAGGGUGACGAUGACAUGGAAGUAGAGGAUGAGAUGACGGAGGAAGAUGACAGAGAUGAACAGCCACCUUACCGUUGGUCACAAGAGCGUCAAAAUACAAAUGGUGCUCAACUUUCGGCAGUGAAUGACAUAGCAUUUAAUGCAGCCGAUUCCCAAGACAAGCAACAGACUAACGAAGAUGACAAAAUUCAAAUUUGCUGCACCAGCAAUCAUGAAAAAUCCAUAGCUAAUUUGGAGAUUGUGCCGGAUAGUCAGGGCACACAGAUUUGUCAAAAUAAGGAUUGGCAGAGGAAGUGGGUAACGGAGGGGCCUCUAACGAUGUCUAGCCCACUGGAGGAUGACCCAUUAGAGAAUAAUGACAAUUGGGCCACAAAUAACCACAGGCCUCCAAAACAAGAUACUUUCAAGUCCGGCAGUAGCAAACCCAUUAAUAAAGAAAUGGACAGUAGGAGUCGUCCUUCUGGAAGGGGUUCAGGAGCGAAUCUGGAGAAGAGCGGGAAUGGAUGGGCAAAAAUCAGAGGAAACCGAAACUCAAGAAGAAGAAGAAAACCAGAUCCUGCCUCUCAGUGUAUAUGGAGGGAAGAAAAGAGGAGAGAAUCAGUCACUGACAGCGGCAUCGAAAACAGAAACGUGGCUCUGCGAAAUGCUCCGGAUCUGAGAAUUGCGGAGAGAAUUUGGGCAUUCGCAAAGGAGAUCAGAGUUGGCGAUCAUGGCAACGAAGCAGAGGUGAUUCAGAAACUCAGGGAUAUGGAAGAACGCGAUAGGGAGUUGCACAGAACCUCAAAGGUUUUUGUUGUCAUAAAUUGGUGCCUCAACUGGGGUGAUGUCAAACAAUGGGGGCUGAAGAAAGCAAUGUCAGACCAUUGCCCUAUUUUGUUGAAGAAUCAAAUAAUUGACUGGGGCCCUAAACCUUUUCGAUUCUUCGAUGUGUGGUUCGAUUCACCGGGACUUAAAGAGCUAGUGAGUGAGACAUGGAAAUCAACAGUGAUAUCGGGAUGGCAUGGAUACCGAUUUAAAGAGAAGAUGAAGGAAACGAAGAAAGUUUUGAAGGAGUGGAGUAAAACAAUGGUGUCGGAGACGGACCUCAUCAUUAAGAAAUGCAAAGACUCUAUUGCGGAUAUUGAUAUCAAAGGGGAGACGGCAAAUUUGAAUGAUGAUGAUGUGCAUCUAAGAAGGAGCAGUUUUCUGGAACUUUGGAAACAACAAAAAGUGCAAGAGAUCAAGGAAGGUGUGGCAAAUUACUUCAAGAUUUUGUUCACAGAAGAAAGGUGGCAACGACCUCAUCUCGAUGGAAUUGAAUUCAAAAAGAUAUCAGCUGAAGACAAUUCCUUUUUACUUGCUCCCUUCAAUGAAGAAGAAGUUAAAAGGGCAGUAUGGAGCUGCGGAUGUUCUAAAGCACCAGGGCCAGAUGGUUUCAACUUCAAAUUUAUUAGAGAAAUGUGGGACACGAUCAAAGAUGACAUGAUGGGUUUUGUUGAUGAUUUUCACAAAAAUGGGAAAUUGGUCAGAGGAGCGAACAACUCCUUCAUUGUGUUGAUACCCAAGGUUAUGAACCCCCAGAAAAUUGAAGAGUUCAGACCCAUUUCUCUAAUCAGUGUCAUGUACAAGGUGAUUGUAAAGCUCCUCGCAAAUAGAAUUUGCUCAGUUCUGGAUGGUAUUAUUGGAGAAAAUCAAAUGGCCUUCAUUAAAGGUAGACAAAUGGUUGAUAGUAUUGUAAUAGCAAAUGAAACAAUCAAUGAAGCGAAGAGGAAGAAGAAGGCUAGUUUCUUGUUCAAAAUAGACUUUGAGAAGGUGUACGACAAGGUCUGUUGGGAAUUCCUUGAUUACAUGAUGUCGAGGAUGGGGUUUGAUCCAAAAUGGAGACGGUGGAUUAACGAAUGUCUGAAGACGACAGAAGCGUCGAUCUUACUCAAUGGUAGCACAACUAGACAAGUCAAAAUUAACAAAGGACUCAGACAAGGCGAUCCACUCUCACCUUAUGUAUUUUUGUUGGUUGCGGAAAGCCUCAAUGGCAUUAUCUCUUCAGCAAUCAACCAUGGACUGUUUGACGGAAUUGAUAUUGGUAGUAAAGGUUUGAAAGUGUCCCAUUUGCAAUUUGCGGACGACUCGAUCCUAUUUGGGAAAGCUGGGGAGGACAACAUAUGGGCAACAAAGAGUAUAUUGAGAAUCUUUGAAUUGGAGCUUCCUAUGGGGGGAGGGGGGAGCAAGAGAAAAAUCAACUGGGUAUCAUGGGACAAAGUUUGUAGCAACAAGAUGGAGGGUGGGCUAGGUGUCAAAGAUCUCAGAAAAUUCAAUCUAGCAUUAUUGGGAAAGUGGUGGGGUAGACUUGCAAGUGGGGAGGAGAGUCUAUUGUACAACACUAUCCAGCACAAGAUUGAUGGUAUGGAUCCAAGCAAUAGAGGAUGGCUAUCAUGGGGUUUUAAAUUGAAGCUUGAAGACAGGCAGUAUGUCAACUUUUGGAAGGAUGUGUGGACAGGAGAUCAAUCCCUUGUCAAUAGAUUUCCUCAAUUAUACCUUGCUUCCUCAAAUAAAGAUAAGAGAAUCUACCAAAUGGGAUUAUGGAGGGAAGAUACCUGGCAAUGGACACUCCAUUGGAGAUGAUCGUUGUAUGAGUGGGAGAAAGACAAUCUCACCGAGAUGCUGGGACUAAUCAACAACUUACACCCAA